GUCGCUUCGUCUCUAGCCAAUCAGCUUUCGGACGAGAGGGUUUAACUCCUAUUUUAAAAGGAGGACCUUUGAAUUGUAACGGCUGAGCUCCCGGGAUCGCUUGGAGGCUUCGGUCAGGGGCAGGAUCCUGCCGGUGACAUGGACAGAUGUAAAGAAAACUGUGUUUCCAGGCCUGUUAAGACCACAGUUCCCUUCGGUCCGAAACGAGUCUUGGUGACAGAGCAGAUUCCUUCUCAGAACCUAGGAUUGCCUGGCAGUGGCCAGGCCCAGCGGGUCCUGUGUCCUUCCAACUCCUCCCUCCGUGUCCCUUCACAAGCACAGAAACUUGUCUCAGGUCAGAAGCCAGUGCCAAAGCAGUUGCCAGCUGCCAGUGUUCCUCGACCUGUGUCCCGGCUCAGUAACCCCCAGAAGAGUGAGCAGCCGCAGCCCACAGCCUCUGGAAAUAAUUCUGAAAAGGAACAGGCAUCAAAACAGAAAACUGAAGACUCAAAAAAAAGGCAGUGGACUCUGGAGGACUUUGACAUUGGCCGCCCGCUAGGUAAAGGCAAGUUUGGAAAUGUCUAUUUGGCAAGAGAGAAGCAAAGCAAGUUCAUCCUGGCCCUGAAGGUGCUGUUUAAAACCCAGCUGGAGAAGGCAGGGGUGGAGCACCAGCUUCGGAGAGAAGUGGAGAUCCAGUCCCACCUGCGGCACCCCAACAUCCUCAGGCUGUAUGGAUAUUUCCAUGAUGCCACCAGAGUUUAUCUAAUUCUAGAAUACGCGCCCCUUGGAACAGUCUAUAGAGAGCUCCAGAAACUCUCCAAGUUUGACGAGCAGAGAACAGCUACAUACAUCACUGAGUUGGCCAACGCUCUGUCGUACUGUCAUUCAAAGAGAGUCAUCCACAGAGACAUUAAGCCAGAAAACCUGCUUCUUGGGCCAAAUGGAGAGCUGAAGAUCGCAGACUUCGGGUGGUCUGUGCACGCUCCGUCUUCCAGGAGAACCACGCUGUGUGGCACUCUGGACUACCUGCCCCCCGAGAUGAUUGAAGGCCGGAUGCAUGAUGAGAAGGUGGACCUCUGGAGCCUGGGUGUCCUCUGCUACGAGUUCCUAGUUGGGAUGCCUCCUUUUGAGGCACACACUCACCAGGAGACCUACAGAAGGAUUUCACGGGUUGAAUUCACAUUCCCCGACUUUGUGACUGAGGGAGCCAGGGACCUCAUUUCAAGACUGUUAAAGCAUAACUCAAGCCAGAGGCUCACACUGGCAGAAGUCCUUGAGCACCCCUGGAUCACAGCUAAUUCCGCAAAACCUUCAACUGGCCAAAAAACGAAAGAGCUAACUAGCAAAUCGUCUUAGGGAAUCGGGGGCCAUGGCCACUGCGCAACUGUGAGGAGUGCCCCAUCGAGACCUCCCGGACCAUCACCACUGCCCUCAGUAACCCUUGCUGAGCAGGCAGUCCUUGGCCUUGCAUCCAGGAAGCCCCACCUGAGCACAUGUGACAUUGCCCAAGCCCCAAGAACCAUGCUGCUUUUCCUGGUUUAGUAACCUGGAGGGAAGGUUCCACUGCAGCUUUCCCCACGGCCUCUGCCCCCAAGGUGUCCUUGUGGGGGUCUCACUGUGGGAAAGUUACCAGUCUGCCAGCCUCCCCAGCGAUCACCUGUGUCUGUAGCCUUCAAGUGCCUGAGUGUGUGUGUAACUUAUUGGGUCGCCGGGCCUGGGAAAGCUGUUGGAAUGAGUAUGUAGUUUUAAAUGUUAAAAUAAAGAUUUGUAUAGACUUCCUUCUUAAGUGGAUCCCCUUCAGAAUACCCGUCUUCAGCCUUCUUAAGCCUGUAUGGGAUUCGGAUCCUCGACCACCACAAUGGAGCACUUCGCCUGCCUUGGACUUGACUCAGGUGUUUCUAGAUGUUACAGGCUCUUAUGUUGGAGUUCUGUCAUGUAUGCAAACUUGUUAAAUAUAUAUAAGUGUAUGUGUAAUCUA